AUGCCGUUUCCACCUGUUGAGGAAGCCCCGCGCUCCAUGACGCGCCGCCACUACCUUGUGGAGCGCAACCGCCUCCGCGUCAAUGCGUAUGAGCCGACCCGAAAGGAGCUUGAGGAGGAAGAGCUCCGCCUCGCGCGGGAGCGGCAGGAGCGCCGCUCCAAGAUGCUCGACACCUGGAAGAGCCACUCAGGCUACAGCGCCGACAACACGCGGCCACUUCCCGGCGGUGGGCCGCGCUCGAAGCGCAUGAAGGAGGCGGCAACGCUCAAGAACCCCAACUACUACCAGAUCAUCAAGAAAGAGGAGGCGCAGCUCAAGGCGGAGCGCACCGCGUCGUACAAGGCAGACAUGCAGCGGCAGCUGAAGGACAGGGAGGAGUACAUACGCAAGUGGCGCGCGGAUGAAAAGGCGUACGUGACGGCGCUUGUAGAGAAUAGCAAGGAGCAGGCGCGCAAGCUCGAGGAGCGUGAGCGCGAGGAGGCGCGGGCCAACAAGGCGUACAUGGACCGUAUGCGGGAGAGCAACCUGCUCGAGCUGGAGAAGAAGCGGGAGAAGGAGCAGGCGCGGGAGAAGUACGAGCUCUCCCUCCUCCGUACGGUGCAGGAGAGCGAGCGGCGCAAGGCAGAGACAGAUGAGCGUCGUGCCAAGGACCUCAAGCGCAUUAUGCAGAAUGAAAACGAGGAAUACCACCGCACCGUCAUGCAGAGACAUAAGGAGGACAAGGCGCGGGGGGACGCGGAGCUGAGGGCGAUGAUGGAGUACAAUGCCGCCAUCGCUGNCACCGUCAUGCAGAGACAUAAGGAGGACAAGGCGCGGGGGGACGCGGAGCUGAGGGCGAUGAUGGAGUACAAUGCCGCCAUCGCUGAGCGUGAGCAGCAGGAGCAGCAGCAGAAGCGCAACCAGUUCAAGGCGGAAUUUGAGGAGAGCAUCGCCAAACAGAAGGAGUUCCAACGCACACACAACUACGACGAGCCGAUGGAGUCCAUUCGCAAGCGCAACGAAGAGGCCGCGGCGUCUCUCGCGCUCAUCAAGCAGGAGGAACGCCUCCGCGCGGCGGAUCGUCGUCGUGAAUACCGUGAAGACUUAAUGCAGCAAAUCCGCGAGAAACAAGAGUGGGAAUUGACGCACCUUGAGGGUCUUUGA